UGAGUAGGGAGAAGCUGGCAGGACAGCUGACUCCUGAGCAUUAAAAGCGCGGGGCAGAAGCAGAGAUUUAUUCCCUCGGGCAGCCGGGCAGCCGGGUCCCACAGAAAUGGAACCCUUCCGGAGCCUGUAUGAGACCCCUGCAGACGAGCUGGACACCUUUGUGAGGCAGACCCUGCAGCCCCAGAGGGACUGGAAGGAGGAAGUGCAAGACGCCUGGGAGAGAAGCGAGCGGUUCUUGAGGGAUGUGUGCUUCCAUGAUGAGCUGAUUGGAGACCAAACAAUCAGGGUGCUGAAGGUGGUGAAGGGCGGCUCCUCAGGGAAGGGGACGACGCUGAACCACACGUCCGAUGUGGAUUUGAUCCUGUUCCUGAGCUGCUUCUCCAGCUUCCAACACCAGGCCUGGCUCUGUGAGUCCAUCAUAAACAUCAUCGAGGAGAAACUGGAUCGCUGUAGCAGGAGCCUGGCCUACAACAUCACUGUGGCCCAGCACAGAGGGGGAAGCAGGGCCUCCCGCUCCCUGUCCUUCCUGGUCCAGGCCAGGAAGAGCAGUGAUGUCAUUAAAGUGGAUGUGCUCCCAGCUUUCGAUGCUCUAGGAAAAUUUUCCCCAGACUGUAAACCACGACCGGAAAUCUAUGAAAACUUAAUAACCGUUGGCGGCCGCCCUGGGCAGUUCUCACCAAGCUUCACGGAGUUGCAGAGGCACUUUGUGAAAAGUCGCCCUAUUAAGCUAAAGAACCUCCUGCGGCUGGUGAAACACUGGUACCUGCAGUUUUUGAAACGUAAAUAUAAAAAGCCAGGAUUGCCCCCAAAAUAUGCACUGGAGCUACUGACCAUCUACGCCUGGGAAAUGGGUACUGAUGAAAGUGAGAACUUCAACCUGGAUGAAGGGUUUAUAGCUGUGAUGGAACUCCUCCGAGAUUAUGAAAAGAUCUGCGUAUAUUGGACCAAGUACUAUGAUUUCCAAAAUGAGGUGGUCAGGAAUUUUAUCAAACAACAGUUGAAGGAACCCAGGCCCGUUAUCCUGGACCCAGCUGAUCCCACCAACAACCUGGGAAGGGAAAAGAGGUGGGACCUGGUGGCCAAAGAAGCUGCUUACUGCCUGAGGCAGGCCUGCUGCAGCACUGAAGACUCCUGCCAAGAUUGGGACGUACAGCCAGCAAGGAACGUCCAGGUGGUGGUGAAACUGACAGGAAAUGAGCCCUAUAAACUCUCAGUGGACCCCUACAGUCCCAUCUGGAAAAUGAAACCGGAGAUCAAGAAGGCGUUUGGUCUCAUCGGGCAGCAGCGUCUCUCCUUCCAGGAGCCGGGAAGGGAGCGGCAACUACUCAGCAGCAAACGGACCCUGGCAGAUUAUGGGAUCUUCUCUAAGGUGACUGUCCAGGUGCUAGAGACCUUUCCUCAUGAGAUUCAGGUCUUCGUGAAGAACCGUAGUGGCCAUAGCAAGCCUUAUGCCAUCUGCCCUGAUGACUCUGUCCGUGACUUAAAACAAAAGAUUGAGGUCGCUGGAGGGCCUUAUGUGGAAGAUCAGAUACUGAAGUUCCAGGGUCGGAGACUGAGGAAUCAUUGCAGCCUCUCAGAACUGCAGAUUGAGGACUCUGACACCAUCAUGCUCCUUACAUGAGUUCCCCAUGAGUGCACAUGGGCAGGCUGCUCGCGAAGUAGACGUCUAUGGCACGGUCUCCCCAUUCCACCCCUUUCUACCCAGACUACUGUCCUCUCUGGAAGCAUAAACGUGCAUGUACCCCUUCCCCUGUUUAAAAUCCUCCAGUGACUCCUAUUACCCACAGAAUAUAGUUCCAGUGCCUUUGCUUGGCAUUUAGGGUGCUUGACAAUUUAGGCCUUGCUUACCCCCUUAAUCUCUCCUCACCACUCUCAGAGCACACUGGAUGUGCCCAAACACAUGUAAUUCCAGAACACUGACUGCCACGUCGUAAUUCCAUGACUCUGAGUCCACUUUCCUUUCCCCCAUGUUUUCGUCUUUCCACACUCAAACCUCUGAGUCACCAAUUCUCAAAGUAUGGGCCCCAGACCAGCAGAAUAAGCAUCAGCUGGGAACGUCUCAGAAAUCAAAAUUCUCAGCAACUAUCGCAGACUUACCUGUGUCUGGUUCUCUGGGGGUGGGAAUCAGCAAUUUGUGUCUUAACAAGCCUUCCAAGUAAUUCUGAUGCCCGCUCAAGUCUGAGAACCACUGCUAUAAGCCCCAUACAGUGGACCAAAUCAUCUUCUGAACUUAUCCUGCCCUACACCCAGGUCAGACUUCUGGGAAAGCACUUGGGACCCUCAUCGUGUUCCUUUGUUGAAUCAUGUAUGCCCCUCGUCCAGUGAGACAAGAGAGGAACUGUGUCUUAUUCUUGUGUCCCAUGGUCAACAAUGGUGCCCACCUGGCACAAAUGCUUAGCACACGCUUGUUGAAUAAACAAAUACACU